AUGGCACAGUCCCCGCAAGAGGCCAGGGAGGCCCUACAGACUUUGAAGGGCGGUGUGACCAAAGAGUGCAUCCAGAGCCACCGGGAACUCCACGUGGUGCUGGGGAACGAAGCGUGUGAUCUGGACUCCAUGGUGUCUGCCCUAGCGCUUGCUUACUUCUUUGCAAAGACGUCUCCAGACAAGCGGGCGGCCUUCGUCCCAGUCCUGAACAUCCCACGCUCCGACUUCCCCCUGCGGACAGAGAGCACCUUUCUCCUCAAGGAGCAGUGGAUCCCCGAGAGCUCCGUUAUCUUCCGAGACGAGAUCGACCUCCUUGCUCUCCACCGAGCCGGGCUCCUCUCUCUGACGCUGGUGGACCACCACGUCCUCCCGAGCCAGGACGUGGCUCUGGAGGAGGUGGUUGUCGAGGUGAUAGACCACCGACCCCUAGAACGGGAGAGGGGCCCUCGCUGCAGGGUCACGUCGGAAUUGGUGGGGUCGUGCGCCACGCUGGUAACGGAGAAGAUCCUGCAGGGCCCGGUGGAGGUUUUGGACCAGACGACAGCAGCCCUCCUGCACGGUACCAUCGUGCUCGACUGUGUCAACAUGGCUCCCGAGGCUGGCAAAGUGACCCCCAAGGACGUUCAUUUCGCUUCGCUCUUGGAAUCAAAGUUCCCGGAUCUGCCCCCGAGAGGUGUCAUCUUCGAGGCCCUGCAGAACGCCAAGUUUGAUGUCUCAGGGCUCACGACGGACCAGAUGUUGAGGAAAGACCUGAAAGCCGUCUCUGGGAAAGAGGUUGUCGUGGCCCUCAGCUCUGUGUAUGUGACUUUGCAGGACUUCUUGCGCCGUCCAGAUGUGGAGCGAGACUUGUGCGCCUUCUGCCGACAGAGAGGCUACGACGUGCUGGUUGUGAUGGCCAUCUCCUUCAACGAGAAGAAUGUGCCCUUCCGGCAGCUUGCUGUGUACAGCCAGCAAGGGGCGCUCCAGACAGCGGUGUGCCAAAGCUUGGAGGAUUCUAGCAACCCCUCUCUCGGUCUGUCUCCGCUGGAGAGCCCGCACCCCACCAUCUGCGCCUACGCCCAGGGGAACGCCGCCGCCUCUCGCAAGAAAGUCCUCCCCAUCGUCAAAGGCUUCCUGAGGGGGUGGGCCCACGGUGGCACCAUGCAGCCCUGCCGCAAGACCAGAGCCGAGCCCACGGACGCCUCCCAUGGCAGCGCCGAUAGCUGCCCUCCGGAGAGGGGUGCAGCAGGCCGGAAGGAUCCCCCCAAAUCCCAGCACUUGGGAGACGACCUCUUGGGGGACGAAGACACCCUCUUACCUCCGACGCCCAUGAACAGCCUGGUGGACGAGUGCCCCCUCAACCAGGGGCUGCCCAAGCUAUCGGCAGAGGCCGUCUUUGAGAAGUUCAACCGCAUCGCCGUGGCCCGUUCCUGCGAGGACAGCCCCGAGAAGAAGUGA